GAAACUUAGGAGCAAAAGGUUAUUUGAAAUUAAUUGUAUGUACAAAUUAUAAAAUUAAUUAAUACAUGAAUAAAUAAAGUCAUAGAUUAAGCAAUUGGAUCGGCAGUCCCCACCCCACCCAAAACCUCACUCAUCCGUGAUUUGAUAAGAAGAAAAUUUGAUCUUACGGCUUCAACGAAGGAACCUUCCAUUUCUCUUCCAGAAAUCGAUUUCCAGAAAAGGUAGAUUUAAAAUUGGUAAAAAUGGAGGAUAGAGGAGAAUCGUUCGUGGCAGUGAGGAGGAUAUCCCAAGGAUUUGAAAGAGGGAAUAGUACUUGCCAUUCAUCUUCUGAGGUCAUGGCAGGAUCAACAGCAUGGCUUGGCAGAGGCCUUUCAUGCGUUUGUGCCCAGGGAACCGAUAUUGAUACGCGUCGAUCAUUUGAUGUGACACCAGCUCAGGAGGAAUGCUUGCAAAAACUACAAAACCGUAUAGAUGUUGCAUAUGAUGGUUCAAUUCCUGAACAUCAGGAAGCUUUAAGAGCACUGUGGAAAGCUGCCUUCCCUGUGGAGGAACUCCAUGGUUUAAUAUCUGAGCAAUGGAAGGAUAUGGGUUGGCAAGGGAAGGAUCCAUCUACUGACUUUAGGGGUGCUGGAUUCAUAUCACUGGAGAACUUGUUAUAUUUUGCGAGAAAUUUCCAGAAAUCAUUCCAGGAUCUUCUUCAAAAGCAGGAAGGUGAUAGGGCAUUAUGGGAAUACCCAUUUGCUGUUGCUGGUGUCAACAUCACAUUUAUGUUAAUCCAGAUACUUGAUAUAGAAGCUAUAAAACCAAGAAAUCUUGUGGGAGCAACUUUUUUGAAGUUUCUUGCAGAAAACGAAUCAGCAUUUGAUCUGCUAUAUUGUAUCACAUUUAAGCUGAUGGAUUAUCAGUGGCUCGCCAUGCACGCGUCAUAUAUGGACUUCAAUUUCAUAUGCUCUCUAGAAGUUCCCAUGCCUUUUCCACUUUAUAAGCUGGCUAAAAAUUUCAGUUUGGCUACGGCAGUCGUAACAACCAGAAGUUCCCAUGCUUUUUCCACUUUAUAUGCUGCUUGCUUCAAAGUUUCAGUUUGGCCACAUGGUGUAGGAAUUAGUUUCCCUCGGUGCUAGUAGCUUGAAGCUAUGGGUUUAGAAUUGCUUGUGGAAUAUUUCAUAGUUUUAUAGGUUAGAUAAAAGGUAUUAUUGAGGUAAGGCAGCAUACAGACACUGCAUCCAAAAGAUUUGGAUAAUUUAAUCAUGGCUUCGGCCUCUAACAAGUUGGCUUUACCCAUAUGUUGCACCAAAAGCUAGCAAAAAUCCAUACAGUUGUUGGGUUGUACCACUUUGUAUUUUAUCUGUACUCAAAUAGUUUCUCAGUAUGUAGUUCCUUUUUUUCAGUUAA